AUGAGCCGCUUCACCGUGUUCGCCAUCGCGCUCGUCGCCCUCACCCUCACCCACUCCGUCAACGCCGACACGGCCAACGACCUCGUCGAGCAGGUCAAGAACAUGCGCCCCUUCGAGCUCAAGCGAUCGGCCCUCGGAUGCCCGCUGCCCGUCGUCGGCGCGUCGUGCCCGGAGGAGACGCCGUUCUACUACUUUGCCUGCUGCGGUGACCUCGCCGGCCAGUGCUGCUUCCGCCUUCAGGAAUGGGUGAUGCUCCUUCUCAUCGUGCUCGCCGCCCUCGUCGUCAUCUCGAUCAUCGUCAACCUGAUCCGAUGCAUGUGCUGCUAC